UAAUACGUCAGAGCUGUUUUUUUACCGGACAUAUAAUGGUUAACUUCUGUGCCAUUGUUGGCUGCGGCAACAGAGGUGAUCGAAACAGGGGACCGAAGUCAUUUUACAGGCUGCCGGCGGUUAUAACACACCAGGGUGAAGCAACACAUGAACUUUCAAAGCGUCGCCGGGAAAAAUGGCUCAAUAGGAUCGGACGGGAGGAUCUCAAACCAUCCAACCACAACUAUACUCGCGUUUGUGGGGAUCAUUUCACGUCAGGUAAACCAGUGGCACUUUUUGACAAAAAUCAUCCUGACUGGGCACCGUCUGUCAAAUUGGGCCACGAGAAAAUUACAGCACCUUCCCCUGCUACACAUGCCAGGUAUAAACGCGCCAGAAAAAGGUCAUCCAUCGCACUACUUGAUCUCUACAGCAUGGUAUCUGAUAUACCAUCUCUAGAAGAGCCCGCACCAGUCCUGGGAGCCACUGGGGAAGAAGAAGGACUGAUUGAACCAGAGACUGGCACUGCAACUCAGACUGAUUUGACUGGUGAAAUGAUUGACAAAAUGUCAUUUGAAAUUAAUAAUGUAACAACAGAAAAUGUUAAUUUAAAAGAAAAGCUUGUAAAGUCCACCAUUUCAGAGAGUACAUUUAAGGGCGAUGAUGACCGUGUGCGGUUCUACACGGGACUUCCUACUUUUGCUAUUCUAAUGAUGGUAUACAAUCUUGUGGAACUGCACAUCAGUGUGAACGCUAAGAGUUCACUGUCUAAAUUUCAACAGUUUAUACUGACACUAAUGAAAUUAAGAUUAAACCAACCCCUGCAAGAGCUGGCUUAUAAAUUCAACACAUCCACGUCUACAGUAUCCCGUGUGUUUACCUUGAUUAUCGACGUCAUGUUCAAACGUAUGAGUUUCCUUUUGAAGUGGCCAUCUCGAGAGGAACUCCAACUGACAAUGCCUAUGGAUUUCCGCACUCAUUUUGGUACUAAAGUGGCUGUUAUAAUAGACUGCUUUGAAGUUUUCAUUGACAGGCCAUCAAAUUUAAUGGCACGGGCUCAGACUUGGUCAAACUACAAACAUCACAACACCAUCAAAUUUCUGAUAGGAAUCUGUCCGCAGGGUGUUAUAUCAUUCAUUUCAAGGGCAUGGGGUGGCAGGUCCAGUGAUAAGUAUAUUACAGAAAAUUGUGGCUUCUUAGAUAACAUUUUGCCUGGUGAUUUGAUUUUGGCAGACCGAGGUUUCAAUAUAAGUGACUCAAUUGGACACAUCUGCUUGAAUGUGGUUUCAGACCUGCACUGCACACUGUAA